AUGACGCAGCUGGCUGGAGAGCACGAUAGGCGUGAGACCGGUCGAGAUUUCGCUGCACCCGGAGCGAGACGCUGCGGCCAGCUCGAUCUUUUGCUUAUCUCGAUCGACCACCUCGUCGUCACCCCACACCUCGACCAUGUCGCCGCGGCGUCCGCCAGCCGCGUGCUGCGCCCGUCGGCUCCCUCCGUCCUCAUCCCCGCCCGCCACGCCUCGUCCUCGACCAAGACGCAGGACACUGCCGCCGAUGACUGGGUCGUCCCCGCGAUCCACCUGGGCCCGACGCACCCCUCCCGCUACGGCGAGCACUACGCCCAGACGCUCGAGACCGACAUGAUGUACAUGGCGUACAACCACCGUGCGAACCAGGUGUACGCUGCCGAGGCCAGGAAGGCUGCCGACAAGGCCGCGCAGCCGGCGCCGAUGCUGACGGGAUACGAGGCGAACCGGCCGAAGGCCAUGCCGCGCGGUAACCGUCCGGAACGCCCGCUGAACCGCCCCAUCACGCCGGAACUGAUCCCUGCGCUUGAGAGCAUCACGAUCCACUCAAUGGUUAAGGAGGCGAUCGGAACGAAGCAGGCGCUGCUGGAUGCGAUCAUGGCGCUGCGCACCGUUUCGGGAGAGUCGCAGAAGGGCGCCGGACGUAUGAACGAGGGUGUCCAGGUCCUGCGUGCGCGCAAGUCUGCCGCCGCAUGGAAGCUCCGCCAGGGCAUGCCCAUCUCGACCAAGGUCGAGAUCAAGGGUGAGCCCAUGUACGACUUCCUCCAGAGCUUUGUCGAGUUCGUCCUUCCCCGUCUCCGUGACUACCCCGGCUUCAAGCUUCCCGGUGUCUCGUCCAACAAGAACACCCCCUCCGCCAUCUCUGGCGUCGUUGCCAUGGGUCUCCCUCCCGCCGCCAUGGGCCUCUUCCCCCAGAUCGAGAACAGCAUCGACUCGUACCCCCGCCUCCACGGUUUCGACAUUGUGUUCAAAACCAACCUCCGCGGUGCCGACUCGCAGGAGUUUGCCCGCGCCCUCCUCUCCGGGUUCCGGAUACCCUUUAGCCGUAACUAG